GGUUGGGAAAUUGAGAAUAAAAAUUCAAAGAAGGCAUGCAUAUUGCAAUAAUAAUGUGCGAUUUGUCAAACAAGUGGGGCUGUGAGAGAGAGCGCGUGGUCAGCACGAAGAAGAAGCAGGUACAGAGUUUUAUCACCAGCUAUCUAUCUUUGGUUUGUUCUUAAAUAAUAAUCAAACGCCAUCUCUCUCUAUUCUCUAUCUAUCUUCUCCACGUUACUACCACCUAACCUCUCAUCCACCUUUUCUCCUUUAAGCAUAUUUCAUUUCAUCUCCGAAAGGAAUUGUAUCGUUCCUCACACACGCCUCUCAUCUCUUAUCCAUUCUUGUCCUUUUUUCAGCUCAACAAGAAUGGAUAAUUGUACUGGAGAAAAUCCCAUGGCUUCUCAGUUGAACAUUCUCCGAUGCCCGUUCUUGAGGAACAUCAAUGAGCCCACUAACCUCUCUUUCUCUUCAUCCUUGCCUUUUCCCAUCCCUGCAAGAGCUGGGAAAGGACCUAUAUUUGAAGAUGGUCCCAAUUUUGAUACGGCGUUUAGGCUUUUCCAUGGCCAAGAUGGAGUUGUCCCUCUCUCUGACACCGCUCGAACUGAAGCCCAGAAGCCUGUGCCUGUAUUCCAUCCACUUGCUGCUAAGGCGGCCACUAUUAGUCUCUCAUCCUUUGGAUCUGGAGGGCCUUUUGGAUUUGAUGCAUUUUCUGACAUGUUUAAAAAUCAAAAGAAGAAGUCAGAUUCAUCCAAAAAUAAGGGAGGAAACCACGAAGCCAUGGGCGACGAAUGGCUUAAAACAGGAAACUGCCCAAUAGCAAAAUCAUAUCGAGCUGUAAGUGGUGUGGCACCACUUGUGGCAAAGAUCCUGCAACCCCCUCCAGGCAUGAAAUUUAAAUGCCCUCAAGCAAUAGUCACAGCUCGAGCAGCGAUAUCAAAAACACCUUUCGCCAAGAACCUCCGUCCACAACCUUUACCAGCUAAAGUACUAGUGAUCGGGAUGCUGGGCAUGGCGUUAAAUGUGCCUUUAGGGGUCUGGAGAGAGCACACUGAAAAGUUUUCGGCAUCUUGGUUUAUAGCUCUUCACGCAGCGGUUCCAUUCAUAGGAAUACUGAGAAAGUCAGUGUUGAUGCCUAAAACAGCUAUGGUAUUCACCAUAGCAGCAUCAGUUUUGGGACAGGUGAUUGGGUCAAGAGCAGAGAGGCGGAGACUCAAGUCUGUAGCUGAGAAGAAGUUGACAUUGGAGGUACCAAAUCCGUCUUCUGUUGAAGCAGAUCAGAUGCAAUUUGCCGGAGUUUCAUCAGAUGGAAGAUGCGGUGAUAAAGUGGUGAUGAAGUGGAAUCCCAUGAUGCUUGAUGUUGCAAGCCCUGUGUCUUCCGGAGCAGCUACUGUUGUCUGCUAAAAGGAUUUUGUAAUUCUCUUCGAGGAUUUAUAUAUAUAAUUGUUUUUCUUGUAUUUUUUUCGGCUGAUUGUAUUUAAAAAGUUUCUUAAUGUUUGAGAAAAACAAGAAUAAAGCCAUUUUUUAAACUGUUAAUUGUAUUUUAAUGUAAAAGACUUGUUUGAUUGAAUAAAAGGAAAGAGAAGUUGGAAA